AUGAAAUCUUUCAGUCUCUCUUAUCAAUGGCUUCUUUUUCUCUCUCUCCUCUUCUCCACCUCCAUUUCUGCAAGAAAACUUUCGGAGGACCCAAACACCAUUGUUUCGGAUGACUUCAAAACUUUUUUUUACACCCAAACGCUUGAUCAUUUCAACUACAGACCUGAAAGCUACACCACUUUUAAACAAAGAUAUGUGAUCAAUUCUAAAUACUGGGGUGGUGCCAAUGAAAGUGCACCAAUCUUUGUUUAUUUGGGUGCAGAAGCAUCUCUAGAUAAAGAUCUUGAUAGUAUUGGGUUUCUCACAGACAACGCUGCCCGUUUCAAAGCUUUGCUAGUCUAUAUUGAGCAUCGGUUCUAUGGGAAAUCAAACCCAUCAGGGUCAAUAGAAAAGACAAUAGAAAAUAAGGACAUGCGAGGCUAUUUCAACUCGGCUCAAGCUUUAGCAGAUUACGCAGAAGUGUUGGUAUAUCUCAAGAAAAAGUUGCAUGCUCAGAAUUCUCCAAUCAUCGUCGUCGGUGGAUCUUAUGGUGGAAUGCUGGCUGCAUGGUUUCGGCUGAAAUAUCCACACAUCUCUCUUGGUGCUCUUGCAUCUUCGGCUCCUAUUCUCUACUUCAAUGAGAUCACUCCACAGAAUGGGUUCUAUUCAGUUGUCACCAAGGAUUUCAAGGAUGUGAGUGAGAGUUGUUAUGAAACAAUACGAAAAUCAUGGUCAGAAAUUGAUAAAGUUGCUUCCAAGCCUAAUGGCCUCUCAAUUCUCAGCCAAAGAUUCAAGACUUGCACGACCUUAAAAGAGUCUUCUGACCUCAAGGCCUACCUAGACUCAAUAUACUCUCAAGCAGCUCAAUAUAAUGAGCCACCAAGAUAUCCGGUCACCGGGAUCUGCCGUGGCAUUGACGGAGAAUCGGAAGGAACUGACAUUCUUGGCCGGAUAUUUGCCGGAGUUGUUGCUAAUAAAGGGGAGAGGUCAUGUUAUGACAUAAAUGAAUACAAGUAUCCUAGUGAAACCAAGAUGGGAUGGGCUUGGCAGCAAUGUAGUGAAAUGGUGAUGCCCAUUGGACGUGGUGUCGACGAUACUAUGUUCCCACAGGAAAAUUUCAAUUCAAACGACUUCAUUGAGGAUUGCAAGAGCAUGUUUGGAGUUGUACCUCGACCUCAUUGGGUUACAACCUACUAUGGAGGCCAAGACAUAAAUUUGGUGCUCAAAAGAUUUGCUAGCAACAUCAUCUUCUCCAAUGGAUUGAGAGAUCCAUAUAGUAGUGGAGGGGUUCUAGAGGAUAUAUCAGAUAAUAUACUUUCUGUUCGUACUGUUGAUGGAUCCCAUUGCUUGGAUAUACUUAAAGCAAGGCAAAUUGAUCCCCAGUGGUUGGUCAUGCAACGAAAAGUAGAGAUCGAGAUCAUAGAAGGAUGGAUCCGAAAACCAGAAAGCUAUACCACUUUCAAUCAAAGAUAUGUGAUCAAUUGGAAAUAUUGGGGUGGUGCAAAUGCAAGUGCACCAAUCUUUGCUUAUCUAGGUGAAGAAGGGCCAAUUGAUAAUGAUCUAGUGAUCCUUGGGUUUUUGAGAGAGAAUGCCCCUUGCUUUAAAACUCUACAAGUUUUUAUAGAGCAUCGGUUCUAUGGACAAUCUGUUCCAUUUGGAUCAAUAGAAGAGGCCAUGAAAAAUCAUAGUAUUCACGAUUAUUUCAGCUCAGUUCAAACUAUAACAGAUUAUGCAGAAGUGCUAAUGUACCUCAAGAAAAUAUUAUUUGCACAGAAUUCGCCCAUUAUUAUCAUUGGAGCAUCUUAUGGGGGCAUGCUUGCUUCAUGGUUUCGACUAAAGUAUCCACACAUUGCUCUUAGUGCUUUGGCCUCAUCAGCUCCAAUUCUUUACUUCGAUGGCAUCACUCUACAAAAUGGCUAUUAUUCAGUUGUCACCAAGGAUUUCAAAGAAGUUAGUAAGAAUUGGUACAAAACUAUAAUAAUGUCGUGGUCUGAAAUUGAUAAAAUCGCUUCAAAGCCCAAUGGUCUUUCAGUCCUCAGCAAAAGAUUCAAGACUUGCGCGACUCAAUAUGAAGGAACUGAUGGAGCAUCUAAAGGAACUGAUAUUCUUGUUCGGGUAUUUGCAGAUGUGAUUGGCUUGAAAGGGAAUCAGUCAUGCUAUGAUAUGAGUCAAGAUGGUGAUCUAAGUGAAUCAGAGUGGGUAUGGCAAAUUUGUAGUGAAAUGGCCAUAUCCAUUGACCGUGAUAGAAAUGACACUAUGUUCCCAUUGGAACCUUUCGAUUUAAAGCAAUAUUAUGAGGAGUGCAAGAACAUUUUUGGCGUCCGACCUCGGCCUCAUUGGGUCACAACCUAUUAUGCAGGCUAUCACAUAAAAUUGGUUCUCCAUAGGUUUGCCAGCAACAUCAUUUUCUCAAUUGGCCUGAGAGAUUUUUACAGUAGCGGCGGGGUGUUAGAGGAUAUUUCAGACAGUGUGCUGGCCGUCCAUACACUUAAUGGGUCUCAUUGCUUGGACUUGCUUCCAGCAGAAGAAAGUGAUCCCCAAUGGUUGGUCAUGCAACGAAAGAGAGAGGUGGAGAUCAUUGAAGGAUGGAUAAAACAGUACUAUGCUGAUCUUCUUGCCUUCAAGAAAUCGAUCGAAGAACAUGUCUAA